UCUUGUCAAAUAUGCGUCGUGUACAGUCAAACAAUGUCAAAAAUAAAACAACACAUCAAAACCCAUUUUUCCGCCUGGAAAUUAUUAAAUGUUUGCAGUGAAUAGAUAAGAAUAGUGUUUAUUUAAACACACAAUCUAGUAUUCAACAAAUAAAACACACAAGUCUAGUUUAUUCAAGUAUUUUCUCUAUAAUUAAAGCCUGUCACAAUGAAUGAAGCAAGACUCGAGAUGCUGGAUGAUGUUGGCACAUAUGUGGAUGGUGAAAUGAACAUUCACAGGGGUUCCAAUAAGCCAGGAGAACCAGAUUUUAAUACUUUGGAUGAACCAAUUAGAGAAACAAUUUUGAGAGACCUUAAGGCAGUUGGAGUAAAAUUUGCACAUGUGCUGUUUCCAAAAGAAAAGAAAGCACUUUUAAAAGAAUGGGAUUUAUGGGGUCCUUUACUGUUAUGCACAUUUAUGGCCAUGAUUUUGCAAAGUGAAGGCUCAGCAGAUAAUUCAAAUGAUGGUGGACCAGAGUUUGCACAAGUAUUUGUCAUAGUUUGGGUUGGUUCCAUGGUAGUCACACUGAAUUCCAAGUUAUUAGGUGGUAACAUCUCAUUUUUCCAGAGUGUUUGUGUGUUGGGAUAUUGUUUACUGCCUAUAGCAGUGGCUCUACUGAUAUGUAGAGUAAUCCUACUCACAGAACAAACGUACUUUUUAUUUUUCUUACGAUUUUUUGUUUCUAUGAGUGGUUCUUGCUGGGCAACAUAUGCAUCGAUGAUUUUCUUAGGAGACAGUCAAAAACCAAACAGGAAAGUUCUUGCAGUGUAUCCAAUCUGUUUAUUUUACUUCUUCAUUUCAUGGUUGGUUAUUUCGAAAACGAAUACAUAAGUCCACAGCGCCGGCUGUCUCCUUGCUUUGUAAUUGUAAUUCAUAGCCAAUUAUUAUAUCAUAAUUAUUAAUAGACAAGUAAAUGCAUUUUGUGCUAAAGCAUUUACACAUUUAUACCUCCUGUGUGCCGGAGGAAUGUAAAUAUAUCAAAUAAGUUAGAUUAUAUGUUCCACAUAAAUGUAUGAAUGGUGAAAACGUUUUUGGAAAUGUGUAUUGUGCGUUGUAUUCAAUUGUGAUAAGUACAGGGAUUGUAAACCUUUAAA